GAAAUCAUUUCCUGGUUGAGUUCCCAUGCUUGUUUUGUGCCUUUUCGCUGUUUCGCAGCACGUUUUUUCACCACAUUCCAAUUUAGUUUUGUAGUGAAUCAUCACAUCAUGGCCAAAGACAAAUCUGUGAAAUCUGAAUCGCAUUCAUCCAAACGGAAAAAGUUGGCUCCAGAUACAACAAUGGAUGCUGAGGUCAAAAAGAAAAUGAAAAAGAAGCAGGUAGAGGAGGCUCCAGAGCAGAUUCCUGAUGUCACAAUCACAGAAGCUGAUGCUACAAAACAGAAAAAGGACAAGAAACACAAAAAGAAAGCAGUGACAGAGCAAACACACACUCAAAAAGCUAAGAUUUCAGAUCCACCCUGUUGUCACCCCCCCGAGGGGACACACGAGCUGGAGGGAGAGGAGGACUUGAGUCCCGAGGAGAAGCGGGUCCUCGAGAGGAAGAUGAAGAAGAUCCUGAAAAAGGAGGAGAAGAAGAAGAAGCUCGAAGCGGAGGGAGAGGCGUCACAGAAAACCGAAGCCUCCGGACCCACCGCACCUCAGCACGCUCUGGAUUACCUCACAUGCUGGGCUGAGAACCGUACCGCGUGGAAGUUCCAGAAGACCAGGCAGACGUGGUUACUGCAGCACAUGUUUGACUCUCAGAAGAUUUCAGACGAUAAUUUCUCCGUGCUGCUUCAGUACCUGGAGGGUCUUCGUGGCACGGCGAAGGACACUUCAGUGCAGAAGGCCUUGGCUCUGGUUGAGGAGUCGGGACACACGCCAGAUGAUGCAGUCAUCCAGCAGAGGGCGCACAGAGCCAGAGAAGUUAUCCAGCUGCUGUCCUGACCAUCAAGUACAACAAGAGGGCAUCACAUAAUAAACAGAGAGACCAAACUCUGAUCAUCUGUGGACUAAACGUUUAACCAGAUCUCAUCUCUUGACAAACUGUUGCUUCAUGUAGUUUUUGUUUUUUUUAAAUGAUCCCCAUCGAAUAUUAGUUUACUAAAGGGACAGAAGAUGACUAUUAGCCUAAAAUGUAAAGAAUUAAGUCAACGUUCAUGGCGACGAGAGACGUAAACAUCCAGACCAAAGAAAAAGAAAAAGA